AGAAGAGGGACAGAGGAAAGAGAUGAAUAGAAGGCACCAGAACCACCUACCAUGACCAAGUGCGCUGUAAAUGUAGGACAGAAAUUCGAGUGGAAUACAACCGGAUAAUCAAGCGACAUAUUCGGGGGAAAACCAUGUUUGGAUGUGCCUUAUCUGAUUCAAAUAUUUUUAAAUAUGGUACCACAUGCGAUCAUUGGAACACAGGAAAAGUGUUUUUCCUCCCAAACAUUUCUUGCAUUUUGAAACGGAAAAGGAGAGUGGCAGUAAAAUACAUCCCUGUGCUAUCUUUCUCCGAUUAUCAAUGGUAGGCAUUGCAUAAUUCACCCUUAUCCACCGGAGCCAUUUGGUUCCUCCUCUUUGGGAAGAGGGGGACGCCAGAAAAAACGACUACAUCCAGUAGCUGCCUUCUCGGUGGUGCCUGCAAUUGUUUGGCAAUGCCUUUUUCUCUCUUAGGAAGAACUUGCAGACAGUAGCGGGGGAACAAGCAGGGGAAGGAUGCAUUUAAAGCUGGAUGUGUGCUGCAUUCAGGGAGAUUCGGCAAUAAUAGCAGCUCUAGUAGAAACAGCGAGUGCGGAGGGCCUGGGAAGCACCCAGCCCCACUAUCUCCUCCUUUUCCUCCCCCCCUGCAGGACCAUGCUUGCGUGAGGGAUGAGGCUGUGCACAGGGACACCAGGCCAGAGCUGCGGCCUACUUCUCACAAGAGCCGGUCUCUCGACUGCAAGAUCUGAGAACACAUUGCCACCAUCAAAUCAGCAUCUUUGGUAUGCAGCUCCCUCUCUCCGCCGUUUGCAUAAAAUAAAUAAAUAAAUACGCGUGUGUGCUUGCGCGUGUGUGUUAGUGUAUGUGUGCGUGUGUGCUGGCGGCGGGGGGUGAGGAGGGGAGGGAAGGGGGUCUGUGUUCUCAGCUGUACAUCUGUAGUCAUGGCAACCAGAUCCUGUUAAUGGAUGUCAUUUUUUCCAUCCUCAGCUUCCCUCUCUGCCUCUGCUUUUAUGUGUGUGCAUUGCAUUUAUAUAUAUAUUCCAUAUAAAUCUCCGCCUGAUGUCUGUUACCAAUGAGAUUUAGUUUUUGUCAGAUUGUAAAUGGUGCAUUUCCACAUCUUCUCUUAUGCCAAUGUUCAUGUCAUUUUACAGAUUGGUUUUGAGCCUAAUAGUGGCAUCACAUAAAUGUUACUUAUUCAUUGGAAAUGGUGUUGAAGUGAUUGAAUGAUUCAUUCAUGUUGCUUUUUAUGAUCAGGAGUUGAUUCUAAUCAAGAAUAUGAAUGAACAGCAGAGCCUCUGUAUAUUGAUUAACUUCACCUCUUUUGUGUGACACUGAUGCUGAAAGACAUUGAUACUGUGAACCCUAAAGGAUUUGCAGACUUCUGUAUUAUUUAUCAGCUCUUGUUAAGUUUUUGGGUUACUGUGGAUGUGUAGUAAUCUGCAAACUGAUUACUUUUCAGUAAUAGUUUUUUGCACUGUACUGUGUGGUCUGUUUUUAGGCCAUAGCCUCUGACUUACCAGCUGUCUUCUUGUUUUUUUCCUGUCUCCACCAUGGCAGUUGUUUUUCUCUGCCUGCUCUGUUUCUUUUACUUCCUGCUUGCCGUGUUCCUCUGUCUAGGUCAUCAGGUAGAUCCAGGAGCAUGAGCAGGACUUUGAGCUGCGGGAGCAGAUGUCUGGGUAUAAGCGCAUGCGGCGGCAGCACCAGAAGCAGCUGAUCGUCCUGGAGAACAGGCUAAAGGCCGAGAUGGAUGAGCAUAGGCUCCGGCUGCAGAAGGAAUUAGAGACACAUGCGAACAACACUUACAUUGAGCUGGAAAGACUGGCCAAACGCCACGCUGCUCAAACAGACAAAGAGAUUAAGUCAGUUGCAGCGGAAGAGAGGAGGAUCCAGCAACAGAUUGUUGCUCAGCAAAAGAAAGAGCUGACUACUUUCUUAGAGAAUCAGAAAAAGGAGUACAGGAUUUGCAAAGAGAAGAUCAAAGAAGAGAUGAGCGAAGACCCUUGUACACCCAAGGAGGAGAAGCAGGAGCGUCUGUCCAGGCACAAAGAAACAAUGCAGCGCUCUCAGGCUGAGGAGGAGGCUCAUCUGCUGGCCCAGCAGAGGCUGGUCUACGACCGGAGCUGCAGGGCCCUUAAACGCCGGAGUCUGGUCAGGAAGCACGAGUUUGAACAGGAACAACUGAGAGAGGAGCUGAACAAGAAGAGGACCCAGAAGGAGAUGGAGCAUGCCCUGAUGAUCCGGCAGGACGAGUCCACCCAGGACAUGGAGCGCAGGCAGCUGCAAAUGCUGCAGAAGCUGCGUAUCGAACUCAUGCGGCUGCAGCACCAGACAGAGCUCGAAAACCAGGAGGAGUACAACGGCCGGCGGCAGAGAGAACUACACAGGAAACACACUCUGGAGCAGCGGCAGCAGCCCAGAAACCUCAAGACGCUGGAGAUGCAGAUCAAGAAACAGUUCCAGGAUACUUGCAAGGUGCAGAACAAGCAGUACAAAGCUCUUAGGAACCAUCAGCUGGAGGUCUCUCCCAAAGGCGACCACAAGAGCAUCCUGAAGAGCCUAAAAGAGGAGCAGACACGCAAGCUGGCUGUACUGGCCGAGCAGUAUGAGCAGAGCAUCAACGAGAUGAUGGCUUCACAAGCGAUGCGAUUAGACGCAGAGCAGGAAACAGAGUGCGAAGCUCUGAAGCAGCAGCUGAAGCAAGAGAUGGAGCUCCUGGACGCCUACCAGAGAAAAACCAAGUCACAGAUGGAGACCCAACACGAGCGAGAGCAGCAGAAACUGGAGCAGAAGGUCUCCAUACGCAGAGCGCACCUUGAACAGAAGAUUGAGGAAGAACUGGCCGCACUUCAGAAGGAGCGUACUGAAAGGAUCAAGCACUUAUUGGAACGUCAGGACAGAGAAAUUAACGCUUUUGAUACAGAAAGUAGAAGCCUCGGCUUUGGAAGCCUGGGAUCUCUGGACUUCCCCAAAGAAGACAACAGAUGAAAGUGGAUUUAUCUUUAGAGGACAACGUAUCCGUGCCCUUUUCAUGUCCACUUGACCGUUUGUCACAUCCAUGGUGACAGAGCUGGAUAACUUUCUCUAUUGCUUUUCUUCUCUUAGAUGUUGCAUCUUUGAAUCGAGGUGUUAACGUGCAAUGAGAACUUCUUUCGUGAAACUUGAAGGGGGAAAGUAAAACAAAAGAAUCUACAACAACAUGUCAAUAAAAAUCAAACCUAGUCAGUGUAACUCAAAACGUAUGUGUUAAAAAUAACAGACUCUUUCCUCCAUGCCAUUUCCUCCUUUUGGUAUGAAUUGAAUAAAUCAGGAAAUUUUAGUAAAAUUGGCACUUUGAUAUGUUUAAGUAGAAACCCAUCAUGUUCGUAUGAUGCCUAAUGUGUGUGUUACAUGGAGGGACAUUGUGGAAUGUGAGCUGCGGACUUCCCCGUGGUGUUAAGCUGCUUUGUCUUUUUUAUUAGUUUUAUUUUAUUUUGUUCUAUUUAUUUUAUGCUCUGAAUGUGAAUAUUACUGUAUGGGGUCACUGGAUAAAGUCAGAGUUUAUUCAUUCAUUUUUUUUGGUCAUACUUCCAUAUUGUGCUUAUGCAUACAGUAUACUGUGGUCCCUCACUUUUCUAGGCAGCAGUUCUUACCUUUUCUUUUAUUUGAUAUGUAGGAUCAAUUGGCAUUAGCUUGAUCAACCCAUUUAUCUUAUCACAACUCAAGAUCCCACUUGGUAAAACUGCUUAUUAUUGCAUGCACUUUAAGGACAAAUUCAGGUUGUGAAGUGAAGCAUGAAUCUGUCAGAGAUUUUAGCUGUUUGUAAAUAAAAGCUUUUUUUUUGUUUUAAGCCUAUGGAUACUGGACAUAAGCGCCAUAUUUGAUAUGAUAAUUUCACAAAUGCCUUUAUUUAAGUUGUGCCUGAAGCAGAUUUAAGUUACGUGUUUGUUAUAUCUAUAUUUUAUUUACUGAGGCCGGCACCAUUUUGUUUUGGUUUCAUCUAAACUUGUGAAUCAUUUAAUGUUCACUAAUCAAAGUUCUUGUAAAGGAAAAUGGUGAGAAUUGUGCUGUAUAACUUUUGAUAUGAAUAUUUGUACAUGAGAAUAUAGCUAGAACAUACAGAGACACUGGUCUAUUACUGAUAACAGAGCUUAAUGAUAAAGAUUUUGCUUAGUUUUUGUUUUAUAAUAUAGAGAUAUGAUCAUACAAUAGCUCAAUAUAUUGCUAAGUCGAAUCACUAGACUCAGAUUGUAUAAAUGCUGGUGAAUGGAACCACAAACUUCUUAUAAUAUCAGUAUGAUGAUCUUUUAUGGAUCAACGGUUCUACAAAAGUGAACACGACAUGUGGGUCCAGAUUGCAUUUGAGUAAUUAGUGUCUAAUGAUCAGAUUUACAUAUUUUUUGCCAUGUUCAUUAUGGUCAUUGAACAGGUUGCACAAUGUUUCCAUUUAUACCGAAUGGAAAGAUAAUUGUUUGGUGCUUAAUUUCUAAUACCACCUUUAGCCUUGUAGUUUUUUGUCUUGGAGAGACGAUUGAUUUUUACAAAAUGUAAACGUGAAGCAUUUUGAAACCCCCUCUGAGUCAAAACACUACUAAGUUUUUCAAACACUCAUGACAUAUUUAGAGUACCCCAUGCAGUGAAACCCUCUAAAAAUGAAGUAUAUGUAUGAAAAAAUAAAUACUAUUUUAUCACGGGUCAGUUUUUGAAACAUUGUUUAAUGUGGUGGUCUUGAAUGCAACCCUGUUAUGUUUGGCAGGUAUUUCUUUACCUGUUUUUUUUCUUUUCAUUUCAGAGCCACAACGUAUUAAUGUUUGGUUAUAUUCCUCACAGGGCUGAAAGGUGGAAGAUGUUCCCUGAAUUAAAUGAGUAUGAGUAUUUUAAAUGGUGGAAUAUAAUGACAUUCAAUUUCUGAUGGCAAUAGAACUUAAAUGCUCCUGUUUUACACGCAGAAACCUAAAUUCUGAAUUUGUUAUGUUUGACCUGAGUGUGUUCUGAAGUUGAAUGGCUCCUCUAGAUUUUUCAGCCUUUUACAUUUUCACAAACUUUCUGAAAUUUGAUGAAAACGUUUCUCAUAUGCAGUAAGGCCUUUUGUCGGGUCACAUAUAACUGAAGCCUUGUGGACAAAUGGUUCCAUAAAAAAGUGCUAUUGGGGUGCUUGAAUAAGGUUUGCCUGAGAGCUUCAGAAUAGUUAUGAACUUACAAUUUGUGUGAAUUUUAAGUCAUUAAAAAGAUGUAUUUAGUUAGAAUAAAGGGGACUUUCCUAAACAACCUUAUUCACCAUUUCCUGUGCAGUUCAAAGACAAAAUAAAAGAGAUUCUGUUGAAAAAAAAGAGUCUCAAUCAACA